AUGGCUUCUCUAAGACCCUUUGGUCGAUCGGCUGUGGACAUAGCUAAUGUGAUGCAGAAACUGCAGGAUGAACAAGAAGCAGUGCAGAAGAGAACAUUCACAAAAUGGAUUAAUUCUCAUCUAGCCAAGCAUAAACCACCUCUAGAGGUUAAUGACCUUUUUGAGGACAUCAAAGAUGGGGUGAAGCUCUUGGCUCUGUUGGAGGUCCUGUCUGGCCAAAGACUUCCCUCUGAGCAAGGCCGUCAGCUGAAGAGGAUCCACUGGGUUUCCAACAUUGGCACUGCACUUAAAUUCCUCGAAGGCAGAAAGUCUGUGUAUCGAGGAUCUCCGAUUAAACUUGUUAACAUUCAUGCCACUGACAUCGCAGAUGGACGUCCAUCAAUUGUCCUUGGGUUAAUGUGGACCAUUAUCCUCUACUUCCAGAUUGAGGAGUUAACCAGUAACCUGCCAGCCCUCCAGGCACUAUCAAACAGCAACUCUUCUGUGGAGAGUAUAGCCAGCUCUGGAACAGGAAGCCCUCCCAUGAAGAGGAAGGUGGUUAACAAAUUUCAGGGCAAUGCCAAGAAGGCUCUGCUCAGAUGGGUGCAGUGCACAGCUGCCAAGUAUCAUGGAAUUGAGGUGAAGGACUUUGGUCCCAGCUGGCGUGAUGGUGUUGCAUUCCAGAGUGUGGUGCACGCCAUUAGGCCAGACCUGGUGGACAUGGACGUGGUGCGGCGGAGAAGCAACAGGGAGAAUUUAGAAGACGCUUUUGCUCUUGCAGAAAAUGAGUUGGGCAUUCCCCGUCUCCUGGAUCCAGAAGAUGUGGAUGUUGACAAACCAGAUGAGAAAUCCAUCAUGACAUAUGUGGCUCAGUUUCUCAAGCAUUAUCCAAACCCCCACCACUCUGAAGCUGAUGGACAGCAAGAUGAGAGAGAGGAGCGAAAGAUGCUGAGAGAGCUGAAGGUGUUUUUAGAUCAGCUGGAGAGAGAUGUGCUGCGAUCCCAGGGAGCAGAGGGAAAUCUCACAGACAAAUACCAGGCCUUCAAAAGCUUCCAUGUACAGUAUGAAAUGAAGAAAAAGCAGACAGAUCCAUUGUUACAGCCACUCCACAAGGAUGGCAAGCUGUCAGUGGAUCAAGCUCUGGUUAAACAGUCCUGGGAUCGUGUAUCAGCCAGGCUGUUGGACUGGCACAUCCAUCUGGACAAGUCCCUGCCUGGUCCUCUGGGAGUGAUCGGAGCCUGGCUUCACAGAGCAGAGAUAGCUCUGAGAGAGGACAUUCCCCUCCAACAUGCUCAUGAAGAAACAGCUAAUAUUCUUCACAGAAAAUUAGAACAGCAUAAGGAAGUGUUAAAAAAUCUGGAAUCACACAGGCAGACCUUCCAUCAGAUCCACAGGGACAGAUCAGUCAAUGGUGUACCUGUGCCAUCUGAACAGCUCCAAGACAUGGCGGAAAGGUUCAACUUUGUGUCUACAUCAUCAUACGCUCACUUGAUAAAACUGGAAUUCUGGGAAAUGAAGUAUCGACUGAUGGCAUUUCUUGUUUUGGCUGAGUCAAAGCUCAAGUCCUGGAUCAUAAAAUAUGGCAGACGAGAUUCAGUUGAACUUCUCUUGCAAAGCUACCUUACUUUCAUCGAAGGCCACAGGUUUUUUGAGCAGUACGAAAUAAUCUUCACAGGCCUUAAGCAAGCUGCAGAGGUUUAUGUUAAGUCUGACAGUUCAAUUGAUGAAGCAGAGGGAGUGAGCAAAUUCCUCAACGAUACUACGGUUCAGUGGAAGAACCUGGCUUUGGAGGUUCGAAGUGUUCGCAGUAUGCUGGAAGAGGUGAUCUGUAACUGGGAGAAGUAUAGUAGCACAGUGGCAGCUCUGCAGGCCUGGCUGGAGGAUGCUGAGCAGAUGCUCAACCAGUCAGAGAAUGCCAAACGUGAUUUUUUCAGAAACCUCUCUUACUGGAUCCAGCAGCACAUGGACAUGAAUGAUGCUGGGAAUUUCCUUAUCGAGACAUGUGAUGAAACCAUCUCAAGAGAUCUGAAGCAACAGCUGCUUUUGCUAAAUGGGAGAUGGAGAGAAUUGUUUGUCAAAGUUAAAUAUUAUGCAAGAGCAGAUGAGGUGGAUAAGCUGAGGCAAGACUACCAAGAUGGGAUCAAUACCUUGAAAAUGUUCAUGGAUGCAACUAAUAAGAAGAUGGAUGCUCCUGUUCAAGUAUCUUUCCUGAAUGUCAGAGCCUUUGCUCAGGAUGUUGAGGAAAUCAAGCACAAAGUGCCAGCAAUGGAAGCAGCCUGCAAGGCAGCAAGCCGUACAGCUCAGCUGUUGACCAAAGACACUCCACAAGAGGAAAUUUCACAGAUGAUGACUGUGAUGGCUUCAAUCAAAGAGCAGCUGAGUAAGGUGAGAGAGAGAUGUUUGCCUUUGCUAAGGGAGUCUCAAUCCCUCAUACCUCCUUUGGAAGAAAUGGAGAAAAACAUCACAGGCUUCUACCAAGCUCUGGAGAAGGCUAGUAAUAUCACCAGCACCACUGACUCUGAGGGAUCAGUAGACUUUAAACAGAAAUGCCAGGAGCUGGCAACCUUCACUCAUAGCUGUAAGAAGUGCCUGACAGUAAUAGAGCGAAACCACCAGACUAUCCAAAAAAUAAUGAACACGAGUAAAACCCUGCAGCACAUGGAUAUGAGUCUUCUGCAGAAACGAGUAGCAGAUCUGCAGACCGCCUCACAGAACAUGAUUAAAGACUCUACAGAGUGGCGAAAGCAUGUGGAGGCAAACAGCAGCCUCAUGAAGAGGUUUGAUGAGUCACGGGUAGAGCUGGAGAAGGUCCUUAAAAUGGCACAGAGCUGUCUGACAGAAAGAGGCAACCCAGAGGAGCUACUAAAGAAACACACAGAAUUCUUUGGACAGCUUGACCAGCGGGUCCUGAAUACAUUCCUCAAAGCUUGCGAUGAGCUGACAGAUAUUUUGCCUGAGCAGGAGCAGCACUCGCUGCAGGAAACAGUCAGAAAGCUGCAUAAGCACUGGAAGGAUAUACAGACAGAUGCUCCCUUUCAUCUGCUGCACCUGAAAGUGGAGGUGGAGAGGAGCAAGUUGAUGGUGUCCCUGCAGGAGUGCCAGUCAGAGCUGACCAGGGAAAACCGCCACCUGGCUGGCAUGGGAAGUGAGAGGCUCAUCAAGGAGCACAGGGGAUUCUUUAGGGAAAAAGGACCUCAGUCCAUCUGUGAGAAAAGACUGCAGCUCAUAGAAGAACUUUGUCAAAAACUCCCUGAGGAUGACCCAGCUCAAAGGAUCUUGGAAACAUCACGAAAGGACUUUGCUGAGGUUCUAGAGGAAAUCGAGAACACCCAUCAGAAGCUAAUGCAGCACCCAGAUAAAUGGAAGGAGUACAACACAAGGUAUGCUGAACUCUCCUGUUGGCUUAUAUCUAAAGAAAGCCAACUACGACUGCUGAGAAACCGAGCCAAUGACCCCAGAAAGUACAGUCAGGUGAAGACUGCCAUCACGGAGCUGAGAAAUGAUGCUGAGCUGCAGGAGGGGAAUCUUGGUUGGCUGAGGGCUCGUAUGGCCGUACUGAUUGAAAUCUCUGCUGACAGUGAUGCCCAGAGGCAGGGAAGUACACUGAGCAAGCUCUCAACUGACUUUAAAGGUCUUCUUGCUUCUCUCUUAGAGGCUGAGAAGAUGGUACUGGCUGUGGGAGACUGUGUGCAAUUCAGAGAAGAGGUACAAACUACUUUAGACGACCUUGUUCAGGGGCAGAAAGAGGCACAGUCUGAGGUCACCAAAAUACUGGACUGUUCCACAGCCAGAGAGGCCCAACAACUGCUACUUGUUCACCAGCAACACUUAAAACGCCUGAAGCUAAAGAGAAAGGAUGUCCAGCAGCUGAUCACCAGAGGCCAACAACUCCAGACAGAGGAGGGACUGGGAGAGACUCUGCAGCAGGAUCUGCAGAGUUUAGAGAACACAGUCAGCAAAAUGGAACAGAAUAUGGAUUCGCAGGAGCAAAGCCUCGAGGUCACACUGGCAGCCUGGCAGGAAUUUGACAGCCAGCAGGAGGCAGUGCGUGAGUUUGUCAACAAAGCCCGCACCACGUUGGAGAGAGACCUGAACUUCAGCAGUCCAGAGAGCCUGGCAGUUGAACUAGACCAGGCAAGAGUGCUGUUGAAGCAGUGUGAAGCAGAAGCUUUACAUAUGAACACCUUACUGAAGCGAGCAACAGAAAUCCAGCUUGGUCCAAAGAACAAAACUCUUCUUACACAACAAGCUCGUUCUCUCAGUGAGCAAGUGGAUAAAGUAGAGACUGGACUGAAAAAAGAUGUCAAGACUCUAGAAGAAAUGAAGGAUCAAUGGGACCUCUUUGGUGCUGGAUUUGAAGCCUUCUCCUUGUGGAUAUCUGAAAAGGAAAAGGAGCUGGAUGAAACCAAAUCUUGCACUUUGCCUCUUGAAGAACAAAUCCAAAAAGUGAAGGCUGUUGGGUCAGAACUUCAAGAUCAAGCUGAGGUCUUGUCUCAGCUAGAGGCAGACUCGCAAGCGCUGGUUCAGUUUGUGUCUUCGGGUGAGGCAGCUCGCAUCAAGGCCCGUCUGACCCAAAUCGGCAGGUACUGGGAGGAACUGAAGGAAAGUGUUCAGCAGCUUGAUGGGCAGCUCGAGGAACGCUGCUCUCACCAGCAGAAGUUCAAAAUGAGCUUGGAGGAGGUACAAGCGUCUCUUAAUGAAUUUCAAACAAAGCUGGAGCAUCCUGAUAAAUCGUGCACUUCAUCUUCAGAGACCUACAAAACCCUUCAAAGCCACAUGGAUGCCUGUCAGUGUCUGGAGCAGCUGAAGGGAACCUUGCUGUCGCUGUCAGCUAGUGCCAGACGGCUCAGUGACAAGGAGCAAGCAGUGAGGACUGUGACAGAGCUAAACGUCAGCUAUGAACAGACCAUCCAUGAAGCAAAGGACAAACAGAGCACUUUGGAAAACCUGCUUUCUCUGUGGCAAAAGUAUGAGAAACAGAUAUCAAACUUCGCCUCCUGCCUGGAAAGAAGCGAAUCUGCAUCCAGACCUGAGAGUCAGUGCCUAUCAGCUGAUAAAGCCAAGCUACGGACUGAGAUUCAGGAGCUGCAGGCCUUGCAGCCUGAGGUCCAGUCACUUCAGAGGGAUUGUGCUGAAUUAGUGUCUCUGGAAACAUUGUUGUAUCCCACGGCACCCGAGGAGAGAGUCAUUCAGCUAAAAGAUGAGCUUCAAAAUAUGCAGGAAAGACUUCUUGUCCAGCAUGAAGUUCUUCCUCAAAGAAUCACGGAGCUCCAGAGCCACCUUUCACUGGUGGAGCAAUUUGACCAGGCACUUCUUAAAUUCUCCCAGUGGAGAGGCCCAGGUUGCGCUACAGAGGCAGUCCAGUGUGAAACAGAACUUGGAGCAGCAGGCCGAGAAGCUCUGUCAGUUCUGUGA